AUGGGUGUCCCUGACUACGUCUCCAUGGGGCCUGGCAGAAAUGUCGGCACAGCACUAAGAGCUGAUGGGGUGACUGUGUUGAUUCAACCUGGUCCGACGACGUUGUUUGGUUUCUCCUAUGCUAGUCCAACAAAAGGCGGCAAAGACAGUGGGAUAUUUGGAGGGGUGCAGUUGAGCCAGUCUCCGCACCACCCCCGCCCUCCCGGAGGAAAGUCCAGCCACAUCUUCAGAGAUUCAGUGAGCAGCUCCAUCGCUCCCAUCCAUCCCAACAAGCCAAAGGAUACCAACAUCUUUGCGGGAAAGUCAACCGAGGAGAAAGGUGAAACCAAUAUCUCUUAUUUUAUACAGAUAGGCAAACAGAAGCAGCAGGAGGCAGCCACUCAGCCUAGUGUAGAUGAGCACGAGCCUAGACUGGGCCCUCGACCCCUGGCUCACAACAAGGUCAUCCAGCCUCCUGGGGGCAAGUCCAGCAUUGUCUUCUACUAACGAGAACCAGCCAUUGUCUUUGCACUCUCUCUCUGUGUUUCCGUUUCCCGCUCUCUUCUCUUUAGCUCUAUGUGAACUAAUAAAUGUAAUGUAAAAGGCAGAAGCAGCUGGUCUCUGCCUGCCUGCGUGUGACCCCGGGAGGGUGGAGGCAGGUUCCUCAGGUCAUGUUCUAUAGUGAAACGGCCUGCUGUAGCCCUGCUGGAACGGAGUCUGCAUCGCCGUCCCUGUAUCCUUCAUCUUCCCCCGGCACUGAACAAUCCAGUCUGACCAAUCUCAUUCCUCUUAUUAUAGUCGGUUCAAGUACCAGGAAGCACUUGAGCCCAAAGCAAGGACUUUAUUCUUUUUUGGUUUAUUAGCUUGUUUUUGUUUACCAUUGCUGGCUAGAGACAGAGUGUGGUAUUAUAAAUGAAAAGCUGCAAACACAUUAAACCUGUAGGACAAUGUGUACACUGUUUAUUUAAAAAAUAAAUAAAUACAAUAUUCUUUGUGGUAGGGUAGUUCCCUAGUUUAUGUAGGGGUUUUAUUUGUGCAGUAGUAGUUUCUGUUCUCGCAGUCUAUCGAAGUGCCAGUCUUUAUACAUGUUUUUUAUAACAUACAAAUGUGCCUGGCUGGCACCGAGCAUAUAAGAAAAAUCUGUUUUUGUGCUGUAUAUCUCAAUAAAUUCCUGUGUUCAUACUUUUUUUUUUAACUACUGUCAUUUCGUACUUUUGAGAGUCACUUUUAAAGUGCUACUGUAACUAGCCCUAAAUCAGCUAAGGUGCAAAUGAUUUGUUUGAAGGUCACAGUGAAAUGGUUUCAGCCUGUGUG